CAUUGCAGACCGCAGAGCAGUUUUAAGUUAUGCGGCAAGUCAUGGGCGAUACACCGCGUUAAACUAUUGGUAUUACAACAAUAUACAACGUUGUAACGUUUGUACAAAGCUACAAGUGGGGAAAAAAAACCUGGAUCGAAGAGGAAGUUCCGAGGGUGUGUGCGCGGUUUGGGAAUGGGUUGCAUUCCUUGCUGGUCCAAAUGGAGAAUAAAAGGAGCGACGAGGUGGACACAUUGAAGACAAAGUUCUUCUCUGUGUGGCACAAUGUGAAAUACAGUUGGGCUCUGAAAUCGAAGACCUCAUUCAGUAGAAACUCCCCGGUGCUUCUCCUCGGAAAAGUUUACCAUUUUAAGGCUGAAGAUGACGACAGCGCCACAGAAGCCUGCUGCGAAGCCGGCGACGAGGACUCCGUCAUGGGGAACAUUGAGGCUUUCCGCAAGGAUUUUGCGUCCCGAGUGUGGCUCACCUACAGGGAGGAGCUACCUCCUCUGCCCAGCUCCACCCUGACCUCCGACUGCGGCUGGGGCUGCAUGCUGAGAGCCGGGCAGAUGAUGCUGGCGCAGGCACUUAUUCUGCACUUCUUGGGCAGAGACUGGACCUGGUCGGAGGCGAUGUCGCUCCAGCCUUUAGACACAGAGACGUGGACUACCACUGCAGCCAAGCGCCUGGUGGCCUCUCUGGAGGCGUCUCUGCAAAGUUCCCCCAGGCCCUCCGAUGAAGGAUCACCACCCACGCACCAAGCCCAGGCCCGGGGAUCCACAGAGGAGGCAGAUGCACAUUUGAAAGAGAUGUACCACCGCACUCUGGUGUCCUGGUUCGGGGACAGCCCCUCGGCUCAGUUCGGCCUCCACAGGCUGGUUCGCAUGGGCCUGACGAUGGGGAAACAGGCGGGGGACUGGUAUGGGCCUGCUGUGGUGGCACACAUCCUCAAGCAGGCUGUCGAGGAGGCGAUGGACCCUGGCUUGGCGGGUAUAACCGCUUAUGUCUCCCAGGACUGCACAGUGUACAGUGCUGAUGUCAUCGAUAGCCACAGGGCACCAAGAGCAGGGCCGGCCUCAGCUGAGAGAUCCGAUGCCCCUCCCUCCCCACAGAGCGACCAACCAGUGUCCGCCUCCGCCCUGUCAGACAGCCGCGCUGUCAUCAUCCUCAUCCCGGUGCGGCUGGGGGGGGAGAAGACAAACCCUGACUAUUUUAACUUUGUAAAGAGAAUACUGAGUCUGGAGUACUGCAUAGGCAUCAUCGGAGGGAAGCCCAAACAGGCCUGCUACUUUGUAGGAUUUCAAGAUGACAGCUUGAUUUACAUGGACCCUCAUUACUGUCAGUCUUUUGUGGAUGUCAGCACCAGCGAUUUCCCUCUCCAGUCAUAUCAUUGCCCCUCACCAAAGAAGAUGCCUUUCAGCAGGAUGGACCCAAGCUGCACCAUAGGUUUCUACUCUAGAAAUGCUCGAGACUAUGAGAGAAUCAGCCAGGAGCUGUCUAAGGUGCUGCAGCCGUCAGCAAAGGAGAAAUACCCCGUGUUCACUUUCAUGCAAGGUCAUGGCAGAGAUUACGACCUGUCUGCAGGCCUGACCUCGGAGAAGAGAGAAUGGCCCUUCAUCCGUGACCCGCGGAGGACGGUCACCACUACCGGGGACUUUGUGCUGCUUUGACGGCGCUGUUUAAAAGACUACAGACGGGGAACUUCUUCUUUUAAUGAAUCGAACUGCUGAUAUCCAAAGCCUCAUGUCUGAGCUUGUUGUGACACCGAAGGUUAUGGAACUUUUUAAAACCACAGUAACUUGGUGAACACAUCCUGAAAACUUAUUAUAGUAUUUAUUUAUUUUUUGCCUGGAAAUGUGAACUGUUGCUUAACAUUUGGUCAGGAAGCUUUUGGUGCUCUGCUUAAUUUAGUGACUUCAAAUGUUUUACAUAGUCCUCUGAAGAAGAGGAAUACUGUUCAUUUUGCACCAUUUAUUUGUUAUAUGGACUUAAAGGCAAACUGUUGAAAGCGACUAUAUUGACACGUCCAAUUUUGAGAGAUUUGGUGUCGGAAGUCUCAAAGGGAUUUGCUUAUAAUGAUUAUAAGGUCCAGUUCAGCACAACACCACAACGACGUAACAGUGUCGUAUGGCGUUGGUCCACUUUAAAAUCCUUUCACAGGGCUGCAUCUGCAGUAUUUCGACAAACGUCUCUUAACUGUGGUUAGCACUGGGCUAAAAGGAGUAUUGUAAAAGCCUCAAAUAAUAUGGGCCGAGGGCUCUCUGAUGACGGAGCAAAGUAACUUUUCCAAACUUCUGUGCCACAAAACUCAAACAAGAUGAAUUCUUCACCCGACACGUCACCAGCAGUAGCAUGUGGGACACAUGCUUUAAAGGACACUUUCUUCAUAAUUGUGCCAACACAUCUUUUUAGCUGAUUUCUUAGUCGGAGGAAUAGCAUGUGAUGGUGUUGUGUGAUGGUAUAAUUAUUUGCUUGUCUUGUGUGUUUUAGAGUGGUACUCAAUGUUAUGUUAAUGUUUUUUUUCCUUAUUUCCAGUCUCCAGCAGUGAGUGACUAAAUGAUCUGUUGCCGUUCCUACGGAACACCUUUACAGUAUCUACACCUUCAUACACUUGAAAUGAAGAACUACACGAACACAUGUUAGGUUGCAAAACUUGUCAUGCACUUAGAUUUUUCAUUUCAAAAAGACUGAAGUAUUCUGACUGAUGUAUAUUUUUCAUGCGCUUUCCUGCAUUACAGGACGUGCAUGUCUUUUUGAAUAAAUUAACUGUAUAAUAUGUUUAAUAACACGUCAAAAAGUUUAAUAAAGUGAAAAAUAUUUGA